AUGUCCUGGAAACUGGGCUCGAAGAAGCCCAAGGAUCUCAAGGAUAAUGGCGCCCUCUCCCGCUCCGUGACCCCCAUGCCCUCGCGCGCGGUCACCCCUAAGCCCCCCGACAACCCAGAGGCGAAUUUGCGCCAGGGCUUGCUCACUAUCCGCAUAUUCUCGGGACGCGGUCUAUCGCUCCCACCCGGGGUACCGAUCCCAGACAACGUCCAGAAAGCACUACAGUCCGCCCCACCGCCGCGGGCCGCCCAGCGUGAGAGCCUGCAACGCAGACGAUACUGGUGGCUGCCCUACGUCGUACUCGAGUUCGACAAGAACGAGGUGCUGAUUGAUGCGUUGGGCGGUGAUCUCUCCAAGCCAGAAUGGAACCACAAAGCCGAUUUCGACGUGUCUCGUAUGUCUAAUAUCGCCGUCUCUGCGUACUUGCGCACUGCUCCGAGCGUGCCCGGACAGGGCGAUAUGGGCAACGAUCUGCUGCUGGCUCGUGUAGACAUGACUCCGGCAUUAGACGGGCAUCGGGCGUCAGACCAAUGGUACACCGCUACGGCAGGCACGGGCUCGUUCCACUUGAAAAUCGACUUCAAGCCUGCGCGUCACGAGUCGCUCACCAUCGAGCAGUUUGACCUUUUGAAGGUCAUUGGCAAGGGCAGCUUCGGUAAGGUGAUGCAGGUCCGGAAGAAAGACACGCAGCGGAUAUACGCUCUGAAGACCAUCCGCAAGGCGAACAUUGCCCAGAGGCCAGGCGAAAUCACACACAUCCUUGCGGAGAGGACAGUGCUUGCCCUAGUCAACAAUCCCUUUAUAGUUCCACUCAAGUUCUCAUUCCAAUCGCCUGAUAAACUAUACCUAGUUAUGUCUUUCGUCAAUGGUGGAGAGUUAUUCUACCAUCUGCAGCGCGAGGGCAAGUUUGAUGAGAGCCGCAGUCGAUUUUACGCAGCAGAGCUAUUGUGCGCGUUGGAGCACCUACACAGUUUCAAUGUUGUAUAUCGAGAUUUGAAGCCCGAAAACAUUCUGCUUGACUACACAGGUCACAUCGCAUUAUGCGACUUUGGUCUGUGCAAACUCAACAUGUCAGAGACGGAGAAGACUAAUACAUUCUGUGGAACCCCCGAAUAUAUUGCGCCCGAACUCCUUGAAAGUCAGGGCUACACAAAAACAGUUGACUGGUGGACUCUGGGUGUACUGUUGUACGAGAUGAUGACUGGUCUCCCACCCUUCUACGACGAAAAUGUCAAUGUCAUGUACCAGCGCAUCCUCUCAGAUCCCCUUGUUUUCCCUCAAGACAUGUCGUCGGAGGUGAAGCACAUCAUGUCGGCGCUGCUCCAGCGAAAUCCGGCGCACCGCCUUGGCGCCAACGGAGCGGAGGACAUCAAACGCCACCCGUUCUUCGCAAGACAUAUCGAUUGGAACCGGUUAAUGGCGAAAAAGAUCCAGCCACCAUUCAAGCCCAGUGUAGAAUCCGUUCUUGAUACCGCCAACUUCGACUCCGAGUUCACCACAGAGCAGGCUCAAGACUCGCACGUCGAUGCAACGCCGCUUUCUGAGACCGUGCAAGACCAGUUCCGGGGAUUCACCUACAAUCCCGGGAAUGAGUACCUCAGCGAAAGCGUGAGCUAUUCCAGCGUCAUGGGCUGA